GAGUUGGAGCAUCGGGAUCAGUGCAUAUAUCAAAGAGACAGAGACAGACAGGACAGAGAGAGAGAGAGAUCAGAGAUGGCGAUGAGUAGCAGUAGUAGGUUAUGGGCAGCAAAGGCUGCUUCAUAUCUCAGGCUCUCUCUUCCUUUUAGAGGCUUUUCUUCUGUUGUAAAGAAUUUAAUGUAUGCAGAGUCUCAUGAGUGGGCAAAACUUGAUGGAAAUUUGGCUACAAUUGGAAUAACAGACCAUGCUCAGGAUCAUUUAGGGGAUGUUGUAUAUGUUGAGUUGCCAGAUGUUGGGGUUGGUGUUACACAGGGCAACAGUUUUGGUGCUGUUGAGAGUGUGAAAGCAACCAGUGACAUAAACUCUCCUGUUUCAGGCAAAGUAAUCGAAGUCAAUGAAGAGCUAAAUAGCUCUCCGGGUUUGGUAAAUGCAAGUCCGUAUGAAAGGGGAUGGAUUAUAAAGGUCGAGAUGAGCAGUAAGGAUGAGCUUAAUAACCUGAUGGAUUCGGAUAAAUACUCCAAGUUCUGUGAAGAAGAAGAUGCGAAACAUUAGCUGACCUUGAGAACAUUAACAAUAAUUGUUUUGGUCGAAAGACACCAAGUAUAAAGCUGUGCAUUCCACCUUUCAUCACGGCAGUCGAAAUAAAUUUUUACUUAAAAUUUUCCUUAUAGCAACAUAAUUUUAACUGUUUUUCCAUUUUCUUCUCUUUGCCUUGUAAGGGGGAUAUGUUGAUUCGACCUUAGAAGUAAAUAUUUCAGAUUAAGCAUCUUGAUUUAUAAGAGGAAUUUUGUCUACUUUUUGGGGA